UUUUUAUGUUUGAACAAAAGUCAACGCCAUUUUCAAUUUUCUUCACAAGAGUCAACCCCAAAUUAAUUUAAGUUCUUAAUGAGUCUAACCCAUGAUAUUCAUCACUCCAGGUUGUUGCUUCGCACGUCAUGUGCGUACAAACUACAAACUAUGAAAAUUCCAACAUUUUAAUUAGAUUUUCUCCCACUUUUCUUCAAAUCAAUUUCUUCCUAAUUCAUUGUCUUAAUCUUGAUUAAGAAUCUAAUUUAUUUCAAUCUGAAAAUUAUUGAAGAAAUGGAAAUUCCUGUUAUUUUUGUUAUUAUUCCAGUGGGAUUAGUUUUUCUUCUUUCAGGCCUAAUUGUUAAUCUCAUUCAGGCUAUCCUUUAUGUCUUAGUUCGACCUCUAUCAAAGAAUAUGUAUCGGAGAUUAAACAAAGUAGUAACAGAACUGUUGUGGUCAGAGGCUGUUUGGCUCUUUGAUUGGUGGGCAGGUGUGAAGGUGGAGCUGCACACUGAUUCUGAGACAUUGCGUUUGAUGGGUAAAGAACACGCUCUUCUUAUCUCCAACCAUAGAAGUGACAUUGAUUGGCUUAUUGGAUGGGUCUUAGCUCAGAGAGCAGGUUGCCUAGGUUGUACUAUGGCUAUCAUGAAGAAUGUUUUAAGGUAUCUUCCGGUUAUUGGUUGGUCGAUGUGUUUCUCUGAGUACAUUUUUGUCAAAAGGAGAUGGGCUGAAGAUGAAAGCACCCUAAAGUCAGGUUACGAGAAAUUAAAGGAUUUUCCUGUUCCCUUUUGGUUGGCUCUCUUCGUUGAAGGAACUCGCUUCACACAACCAAAACUGUUAGAUGCUCAGCAGUUUGCUAUUUCAAAAGGGUUAAAUGUCCCCAGAAACGUUUUGCUUCCUCGUACCAAGGGUCUUGUUCUAGCUGUAAAACAUAUGCGGUCAUUUGUUCCAGCAGUGUAUGAUGUUACCUUCACCGUAGCCAGAGAUAGUCACCCACCUUCAAUGCUAUCAUUACUAAAGGGAAAAUCUUCUGUGGUAAAAGUGCAUGUUAAGCGGCAUUUGAUGCACGAAUUGCCCGAAACUAGUGAUGGUAUUGCACAGUGGUGCACAAACCUGUUUGUGGCCAAGGACGCAUUCUUGGAUCAGUACUUUUCAGGUGGCAGUUUUGGUAGCGAAGAACUUCAAGAUUUUGGUCGACCAAAGAAAUCAUUAAUUGUGAUGAUUGUUUGGUCUUGUUUACUUGGCAUGGGUGCUUUCGGGUUCUUUUUCUGGACUCAAGUUUUCGCGACAUGGCCAGGAAUUAUAGUAUCAGCUGCAGUUCUGCUACUUGUUAUAGUCACCAUGCAGACCCUGAUUCUGUUCACACAGUCAGAACCAAACAUUGAUUCUAUGCCAAUCAAGAUACUCACACAAGAUCCAACAAAAGAGAUUCUUCUUAAAAGAUGAACAGAUUAUUAUUCAGAGCAAAGAUAGAAGAUUCUUUGAGCUGAACUUUUAUGUGAUCAAUUAAUCAUGCAUAGGUGAAAGUUAGCCAUUCAUUCAUUCUGUUCUUUUUUUUUUCAAAUUUUUUUUUUGUGUUAAAACAUAUACUUGUAUAUUUUUUUGAUUGAUGACUUGAAAUUUCUCGCAAUUGGAGUGCCAAAAUCAAUUUUGGAAUGGUAAAAUCAUUUCCUAGAAGAAAGUGAUCAUGUUUUGACAA